CCUACAGUGCCCUUUCAAUUACAGGAUGACUACUGCGCAUUAGUUGAUACAAUUUUUAUUCAAAUACUUUAAAUGUUGCAAGUAUAAAUUAAUGCGAUUCAUUUCUCGCGCGGCUAUAGAGAUGCUUCGUUCAUAACGCGGCAGAUACCUAUAAACUACAAUGGGAAUCCAGGGACCACUAACCGCCCAAUCACUGGGACGCUCUCCAUACGAUGACGUUGUUGCUGGAGAAGGUGUAGCUGAUACAAGGCAACCAGAGUUGACAUACGAUCACCGUGGCCGCCCUGUCAACCCAACCUCCAAGACCAUCAAUCGCGAUUUGAUUCGUUCCCAUAAUGAAGUCAUGGUCGUGAUUGGUGUUGCUGAACCAGACGUACCAAAGCAGAAUUCCGAAAGUGAGUCGCAGAGACGACAUGACUUAUACGAGGAGACAUUAGGGAUACGUAUAGACAGUGUUGCUCGCCAUUGUAUGGAGCUCGUGGGCAUCGUGGGUAUUGCUGGUCUGCGCCAGCGGAUUCUGAUUUAUCGACGUUAUUCAGAAAUACCAUUCGCCCAUUUGCUUCACAAUGCCCGACGCGAAAUGUCCUUCAGGCAGGAAGUUCUCCCUGGCGUGCCCUUGGCUGUCGCAACAAACUGGCUGGAUCGAGCCGUCGUCCGCAUGUGGCUUGAGGAUCGCAAAGCUUCCAUGAAGUAUAGUAGGAAGCUACUUCACGAAGCAUGGGCAUACAUUAGAGUACACCUAAAACUCUUUUCAUCUCUUCAACGAGUGGGUUUGAUGCCAGGCAGGUGGUAUCCGAGUCCCAAGUUCUUCAUACCCUUUACUAGCGAAUCACCUAUACCGCCACCUCCGCCAUUUCCUGGCCUGAAGCCUGCAGCCCUCUUACAAUGGACAUGUGUCGUUGUAAUCUCAACCAUCCCCUUCUUCAGCUGGGUAACCAUGUCUCGAAUAGCCAGAGAUCUGAAACCUGAACUGUGGAGAGAGGUCUUCAGGUUGAUUCCAAACACAGCAUUCAGAGCACAGAGGCUACCGCCACUUCCACCUACACCUAGCUCGCCGAUACCAGGCCCUAUGGAGACGGAUGAGAUCCCCCAACCAGUGGAUAGCGCCGCAGAUGACUGGUAUGUGGAUGAGCCAGCCGCUGCCAUCGAACCAGUUCGCCGAGCGCCAAGCGUACACUCCACGCGAGGUGACGGCUAUGAGACUGAGGAUGAUGGAAAUGAUGAAGUUGGCCCAACAUUCAUUAGUUUUGAGGUGGAGGCGACUGAAUCAACAGAUGCACCACCAGGCCAUUGGUCAGCAGAGCUCCAGCCUAGCCAUCCUUUUGAUGGCCGGCUUGUUGAAGAGCGAGCUCCGGUUUACUUCGACACCAUACUCACCCAGCUCCCCGCCACGUUUGCCACAAAUAUAUUCACCAAUGCACUGAUAAGAAUCUGCAUGGCACCCUAUGAGUCGUUCUCGCUUCGCAUGCUUGCAAGAACGUUACGAUAUCGCCGUGGCAUGCCUAUGGAUGAUAUAUACGAGCUGGAUAUGUUGGACGGGUUCAACACCACAUCAGUAGUUAACUUUCUAGCUGCUGAAUUACUCCAUCUGGUUAUUUCAGGCGAACUUUGGGCUGUUUUUGCCGGCCUCACUCAAUUCUUCCAUCGUUCAGAGGAGGAAUGGAAAGAGGAUGAGCUUGAGCUGCAGAGGUUAGAGCAGCAGGAAGAGGAGGAGCAGCAACGCGAGACUGUUGUUAGCUUGUAAUGUUGUAUCUAAUAUCGGCGUUUGGAGUAUCACAGCAGAUUCAUGAGACAGGUAGCUUCUUUGGUCAUUAAAUUCUUUUGAAAUACAGGAUAUAAAAAAGUUCUACCAACUACCAAACUCCCUUACCAUUUCAACAUAUUAUAUGCAACCACCCCAUAUCAUACAUUCAUUAUCAGAUUUCAAGUGUUUAUGCGCCCUUGCGAUAUACCUGCGCUCCUUGGUUUCUGAACAUGAUUGUGUCUCUACGUUGCAUAAACAUGAGCGCUCGGUUGAGGCCCUGUUCUGAGAAGCCUUUGCCUUCUACCAUUUCGCGACGCAGCGUGGCCAGGCUGGUGCUCCAACCAAUGGGCAGACGGCGCUUCAGCUCAAGUUCGAUUCUGGUGACUUCUUCGUUGAGCUCUCUGCUGCCCUGGUUGCUGCCCUGGUUGACGGCAUCCAUGGUAGAGCAGAGGAAGAGGCGGAUGGCCUCGUCCACGUGAGCCUCAGUAGCAACAGGCGAAAGUGUGAGCUUUGCCAAGGACUCGGUGAUACGGAUAAUAGCCUCUAGCUGACGAACAGUAAUAGGGAUGGAUGAGCGAGUGUUGGCUUCGAUUUCAGCGGCAUGGACUUGUCGUCGGAUGGACACGAAAUGUGACGAGAGCUUUUCAGAAGCCUCUGCGCUGAGUCGUGGAGCGCAUCGCCUAAAGAUGUGGGAUUAGUGAAUAUUCUUGGAGGUUCGUUUACCAAAGACUUACGUUCGGCAGUAAGAAAUGUAGCGACGCAUUUUGUCGACGGGAAUCUCGGACUCUGUGACCUCUUCCUGUCCGCGGUUGUCCAUAUGGAUACCCAUGACGUGCUUUGCGAUUCUCUCAUCCUUCUCACGUGUGUGCUCGUCCUUGACAAUGAAAAUCAUGUCAAAACGGGACAAGAUAGUGGUUUGGAAAUCAAUGUUUUCUCCAGGAGUCUUCAUGUCGUCGUACCGACCGAAGAUUGGGUUAGCAGCAGCAAGAACAGAUGUUCUGGCGUUGAGGAUGGUUGUGAUACCAGCCUUGGCAAUAGAGAUGGUUUGCUGUUCCAUGGCUUCGUGGAUGGCAACACGAUCUUCGUCACGCAUCUUGUCGAACUCAUCAAUACAAACGACACCACCGUCAGCCAGGACCAUGGCACCGCCUUCGAGAUAGAAUUCUCUGGUAGAUUGAUCACGCUGGACCGAGGCUGUCAGACCUGCUGCAGAGGAACCCUUUCCUGAUGUGUAAAUGGAAAUGGGCGCGGCACCAACCACAAAUUUGAGCAGUUGCGAUUUCGCAGUACCAGGAUCACCAAGUAACAAGACGUUAAUGUCACCUCUCAGCUUCAUACCAUCGGGCAGGAUUUUCUUGGAACCACCAAGAAGGAGACAGAGAAUGGCCUUCUUAAUGUCCUGGUUUCCAUAAAUGGAGGGGGCAAUGCAUUCUGCCAUGACGUUGUAAAGGUCGGGUCUGCGGCUCAUCUCGAGGAAUUCCUGCUCCUCUUCUUCAGUGUAGACGGUAAUGCCUUUGAGCUGAUCCGCACUCGUCUGAAUACCAACGGCACGGAGAUAGGGUGUUCUGAUAGCAACAGCUCCGCCGGUGGACGAGUUCUUUGAACCCUUGUUCUGGUAGAUAGAGAAAAUACCAGUGACGGUGCAUCGAGAGCCUGGAACAACACGGUUCGUAAGGUAACGGUCGGCAGAGAUAAGAACAUGGCGAGGCAAUUCUCCAACCGGGACUUGAUCCGGGGCUUCUUGCAAUUUGAUGACUUGCUGAUCGACAAACUUGGACUUUUCGUGGAGGACAAAGUAUGGGUCUAGAGGACAUUUCUCGGUGUCAUCGCCAGGCACUUUCUUACGGCUGCAUUGUCGGGGAAGGGUAACUCCAGUAAAUCCACCAAGAACUGGUAUAGAUUCUUGCUGUUUGCAGUUUCGGCAUUCGAUUCUGAGAGAGAUGGCCUUAGACGACAUAACAGAGGCACCAAUAACAAUUCCAGGAACGCGCACGAGACGGGCGAUUGUCAUCGAGUCCAAGUUUCGGAUAGAUACAUCUUCGGCGUCGGAGUGCAGGAGGAGCUGGUGGUCGGGCAAUUCGACU